AUGGCGUCCUUCUAUGCUGCCUCCGCGUCGCUCGCUCCCCUUGCUGCCCUCAGAGCCCCACUGGAUCGCCAUCCCCGAUACAAGCUAUCUCUCUCAAGCUUAAAUUCCUCCUAUGGCGGUCUCCGCCUCUCCGCCGCGCCGACCUCCGCGGCGGCGCGCGGAAGCCGCCGCCCGCCAAGCCCGACUCCGCUCCGCGUCCCCUCCGCCUCCGCCAGCAGCAGCAGCGGGACAAGCGGCGCCGAUCGCGGCGCGUCGGUGCUUCGAGACGCGCUGACGAUCUUCGGGUCGUCCAAGUCCGCGGCGACGGCGGCGGCGGCGGCGGCGGCGGCGACGGCAGCGGCGGAGGGGAAGGGGAGUGUGUCCGCGGCGGCGCAAGGCGUGCCGUUUGACCUGCGGCUGGCGGUGCUGCUGGGCGGAUUCGCGUUUGAAGCAUACUCGACUCCCACUGGAAGCGACAAGUUAUCGGACGUGGACGGGCGGCAGUGCUCUGCUCUCUUCACCUCCACGCCCUUCGCCCUCGAGCUCUUUCAGGGGCAGCUCUCCGUGCGCGCGAUUACAGCCAUGGGGAACGUCAAGGCGCUCCAUGCUGAGCUGGCGCUGGUGACGUCAGCAGGGAAACCAGCAACGUGGAAUGGCAUCGCUCACACCACCGUGAAGGCCCAAGACCCAAAGAACCCAUCGUGGCCCGAGCAACUGCAGCUGCUGGUGCCUCGUGCUGCUGCAUCUGACACCUUGCUGCAGAUCACCUUGCACAGCACGGACGACUCUGAUGAUCAUGCUGACGACCAUAACUGUGUGGUUGGCACGGCCACCAUUGCUCUCACUGACCUGAUCAAAGACACCCGGAUUCGCGAUGUCGUGGCCAAGGUGACUCGGGACGGCAAGCCGACAGGAAAUGUUUCGAUGGAGGUGGACUAUGCGAGCUUCUCAGGCCCAAGCGACAGCUUCGAGCCUCUCCCCAUCCUCCAGAGGCUUCUCACCACGCCUCUUCCCACGUCCGCCUUUCAACCAUCGGCCGCUCUUUCUAGAGGCAGCACUGUCAAGAACAAAGCCACAGCUGCUGCCACUGCCACUGCAGCAGCAGCAGCAACCCCAUCAGCAGCAGCACCAGCAGCAGCAGCAGCAGCAGCAGCAGGGCAAGUGUCUGCUGUAAAAACAGGGGAGGAUGCAAAGGCUGAAGCUGAAGCAGCGGCGUAUGGCCUCUCACUCGCAGACCAGCGGGCAGUUGAAGCUCUAUUCGCCACCGGAGCCAAUAACGUGACGCUCGCUGCCUGGGAGAAUCUUUCCCGGGCAGCUGCGGGCGGGCAGCCGGAAUUUUUCAAGUCAGCGUUUGAGAGCGUGUGCUUCCUGAGCAGUGGCGAAUCGGACACGCAGGUGGGUGUGUGGAGGGACAAAGACCCGCGGAGAAAGAGGGUGGUGGUGUCGUUCCGAGGCACUGAAGUGGUGAAUGCGGCCAUGCUGAAAGAUGGACAGGCAGGGCAGAAGAUCAAGGAUGCUCUGACGGACCUCAGGCUGCACAAGGAGAACUUCGAUUCUGACUUGACUGAAGAGGACAACAAGAUGGAUAUCAAGGUGCAUGACGGCUUUCUGGGCGGCUACAAGUCUGUGAAGCCGCGGCUCCUGCUGCUGCUCAAAGCUAUUCUCGCCUCCUCCACCGAAAAGUAUCACAUCAUGGUCACGGGUCACAGCCUGGGAGGCGCACUCUCCACUCUCUUCACAUACGACCUGGCCCAGUCCGACCUCAAGAAGCAGCACGGCUUCACCCUCUCUCUCUACAACUUCGGCUCGCCCCGUGUGGGAAACCACGCCUUUGCAGCUCGCUUCAACCAACUGGUGGGCGACAGCUGGCGCAUCGCAAAUGACCACGACAUAGUGCCACGUGUCCCCUACGUGUUCUACAAGCACGUGGCCACGGGGGUGGUGCUUCGCCCUGACUCGCAGAAGCUAGACAAGGAUGCUCUCCUUAAGAAAAGACUCGAUACCAUCACAACGGUUAGCUUCCUGAGCGAGCAGCCCAAGCUGUUGUUCGACGGUGCCGGUGCGAGCAAGCACUCACAGCCGGCAUACUUCCUCUCUCUGCUCAAGCAAGUGCGCUUCAACCUGAACAGAAAAUGA